GAAGGCAGAGCUCGGCUGCCGGGGCCCUGCAGCGAGCCGGGUCGGCCCCACGCCGCGCCCCGCCCACUCCGCUCCGCGGAGGGCGCACCCGGGCGAGGCGGCACCGGGAGGAAAAGGCGCCAGCAGAGAGCGGCGUCAGCUGCCAACGCCGGAGGGAGACGGAGAGCGCCCAGAGCCGCAGCCCACCGGCGUGGAGGCAACCCCCGCCCCUAGGCCACCUCUCGCCCGCCCCCUGCUGCGGGCCAAGGCCAGCGCCCCGCCCGGAGAUGGGUAGACGCGUGGAUGGCGUGGCUCUCAGCCCCGCCAGAUCGCAGGAGCCAGGCGCCGGGGCGCUGCGCUGAGGCUCCCGCUUGGUCGCUCGGCCGCCGCCCCGGAGACUCCUUCGCAGUGCCCAGAGCCCUGCUCCCGGGAGCUGCCCCGCCCCCAAGCUCGGCACAGCGCAGGACGCCCCGUCCGAGGCCCCCCCGCCCCGGCACGGCCCCCGCAGCGCAGCGCCCAGCGCAGCGCAGCUCCCCGCCGCUGUCGAGCCGCGGACGCAGGACCGGAGGCUCGCUCCUGCGGGCGCGCUUGUUUUCCUUGUGCCGCCUCGCCCUGCGCAGCACCCGCCCGCCCGAACGCCGCGUUCCGCUCCGCCCCGCCCGCCAUCCGUGCCCUGCGCUGGAUUUAUGAAUGGGGGGAAGAGGCCACAUGCCGCCGCCGCCGCCUUGUGUUGACCGCACGCAGCCCGGGCCCGCGGAGCUCCGGCUGCCGUGAGAGCGCCGGCCCGGCCCCGGCAGCCGCUUGGAGGACUUGUUGCUGCUGCGCUGCUUCCGCCGCCGCCGCCGCCGCCGCUCCCGGGUCUCGGCGGGGACUGGGAGCCGGAGGGUGGCCCGUGUGAGUGUGAGCGCGCGCAGUGCGCCUGGACAGUGCGCUUCCUCGUCUGUUGUGGGGUGCAGGGGGGCGUGUCCCGGGCCCCGAGCGUCUGGGUGUCCAGUGCUAGCGGGGGAAGUGUGUGUGUGCUAGCCCUGCCUCCCGGGCGCCUCGCUUGGGUCCUCGGCUCUCCUUUUCUCCUCCUGCCUCCCUCCCCGGCGCUGCCAGCCCAAACCCCAACCACCUGUGCCCCCGAGAAAUCCAACUCCUCCCGCUCCGCGCCCCGGGGGGGAGGCAGGGGCAGGGCCACGCCGCAGAGGGGGCCGCCGCGGCCUCCUGCCUCCUCCUGGUCUUCUCCCCCUCCCCCGUCUGACGCUGCCUCCUCUGGAAGGGUGUUUGGAGGGCAGCGGCCGCCCCAAGCCGAAGCCCCGCAGCGCUUCUUAUGAUCAGCUCGGUGUGUGUCUCCUCCUACCGCGGGCGCAAGUCGGGGAACAAGCCUCCGUCCAAAACAUGUCUGAAGGAGGAGAUGGCCAAGGGCGAGGCGUCGGAGAAGAUCAUCAUCAACGUGGGCGGCACGCGACAUGAGACCUACCGCAGCACCCUGCGCACCCUACCGGGCACCCGCCUCGCCUGGCUGGCCGAUCCUGACGGCGGGGGCCGGCCCGCGUCCGAUGGCGGUGGUGCAGGCAGCAGCGGCGGCGGUGGCUGCGAGUUCUUCUUCGACCGGCACCCGGGCGUCUUUGCUUACGUGCUCAACUACUACCGCACGGGCAAGCUGCAUUGCCCCGCCGACGUGUGCGGGCCUCUGUUUGAGGAGGAGCUCACCUUCUGGGGCAUCGACGAGACCGACGUGGAGCCCUGCUGCUGGAUGACCUACCGGCAGCACCGCGACGCCGAGGAGGCGCUCGACAUCUUCGAGAGCCCAGACGGAGGCGGCGGGGGCGCGGGGCCCGGCGACGAGGCCGGCGACGAUGAGCGGGAGCUGGCCCUGCAGCGCCUGGGGCCCCACGAGGGAGGCGCGGGCCCCGGCGCCGGGUCCGGGGGCUGCCGCGGCUGGCAGCCCCGCAUGUGGGCGCUCUUCGAGGAUCCCUACUCCUCCCGGGCGGCCAGGGUGGUGGCCUUUGCCUCUCUCUUCUUCAUCCUGGUGUCCAUCACCACCUUCUGCCUGGAGACCCACGAGGCCUUCAACAUCGACCGCAACGUGACGGAGAUCCACAGAGUGGGGAACACUACCAGCGUGCGCUUCCGGCGGGAGGUGGAAACGGAGCCCAUCCUGACCUACAUCGAGGGAGUGUGCGUGCUGUGGUUCACGCUGGAGUUCCUGGUGCGCAUCGUGUGCUGCCCCGACACACUGGACUUCGUUAAGAACCUGCUCAACAUCAUCGACUUCGUGGCCAUCCUGCCCUUCUACCUGGAGGUGGGGCUGAGCGGCCUGUCGUCCAAGGCGGCUCGCGACGUUCUGGGCUUCCUGCGCGUCGUGCGCUUCGUGCGCAUCCUGCGCAUCUUCAAGCUUACGCGCCACUUCGUGGGGCUGCGCGUGCUGGGCCACACCCUGCGCGCCAGCACCAACGAGUUCCUGCUGCUCAUCAUCUUCCUGGCCCUGGGCGUGCUUAUCUUCGCCACCAUGAUCUAUUACGCGGAGCGCAUCGGCGCCAGGCCUUCCGACCCGCGGGGCAAUGAUCACACCGACUUCAAGAACAUCCCCAUCGGCUUCUGGUGGGCCGUGGUCACCAUGACGACGCUGGGCUACGGGGACAUGUACCCCAAGACGUGGUCAGGCAUGCUGGUGGGGGCGCUGUGUGCACUGGCCGGCGUGCUCACCAUUGCCAUGCCCGUGCCUGUCAUUGUCAACAACUUCGGCAUGUACUACUCUCUGGCCAUGGCCAAGCAGAAGCUGCCCAAGAAACGGAAGAAGCACGUACCUCGGCCGCCUCAGCUGGAGUCGCCCAUUUACUGCAAGUCGCAGGAGACCUCGCCCAGGGACAGUACCUACAGUGAUGCCAGCCCCCCUGCCCCAGAAGAGGGUGUGGUUGAGAGGAAACGGGCAGACUCCAAGCAGAACGGCGAUGCCAGCGCGGUGCUGUCAGACGAGGAGGGAGCCGGCCUCACCCAGCCCCUGGCCUCCGCCCGCACCCCGGAGGAGCGCCGGGCCCUGCGACGCUCCGGCACCCGAGACAGAAACAAGAAGGCAGCUGCCUGCUUCCUGCUCAGCGCUGGGGACUUUGCCUGUGCCGAUGGUAGUGUCCGGAAAGGGUCCCCGGAACGUGGAUCCCAUGGAGCAUCUCAGGCAAGGAGCUGCGCCCCUCUGACCCACGUGCCUUUUCUUCACCAAGGCUGUGAAAAGUCCCGGAGUCUAAACAACACAGCAGGAGCUGCUGGAACCAGUCUGGGGCUAUCUCAACUGGCAUCGCGAUACAGCUCACCCUACCCUCCAAGAAAGCUCCUGCUCUCCCACCCCUUCCACCCCCUCACCAGCCCACCCCCUGGACACUCAGCCCCGUAGCUGGACCCUCGGCUCACCCCGCCCCUGGGCACACGCGCACAAACAGGCACACUCACAUGCCUCCAGCCCUCGUUCCUCCUGGGGCCUGCGGAAGCCAGGCAGGAUGCAAGAGAAUUCAGGGCCCCCAGGCCUCUCCUCCACAGCACCCAGCUCCCCAGAAUGUUCAGCUCUGGGACCUGAGAGGGAGGGAGAGAUUACUUCCAGGCCUUCUAUCCCGCUCGCUCCCGUCCUGAGCUGAGGGUGCCGUCACCCCCAGGACUGUGUCUCUGGGCCCUGCCUCCCCCUCAGGGUCCCACCUAGAUCACAGCAAAUGCAUUUCCAUCCCUCGGGGCCUUCAACCAGUAACCAAACAGCCUGCAACUGAACAUCUCUGUCUGUCUGUCUGUCAAUCCCACACCCAGACCAGCCAGGAAUAAGGCUGUCCCCUGGGGCAUCUCUGCCGGUGUGUGAGGGCUUGACUCCUUGGGGGAGCAGUGCCACCUGAUAUUCUCCAGCCCUGCCAUGGGGUGCAGGUGGGCGUUCCUAGAGUCAGAGCCCCAGGAUUGGCUGCCGAGGCGCGGGGAGGUCCUCCUCUCGGGGGUGGCGCCCAGCAGCGGAGCCCAGCAUCCCAUCUGCACCCCGAGCUGCAGUAUCGCUUGCCACGCUGCUUCCUCUGCUUCCCCGACAAUUCUUCUUCCUCUCCUGCUCCCUCCAACUCCCAGCCCUGCCUCUGAGUCACCUGCCGCUCCCACCCAGCCUCUGUGCUCUGUAUCGCUGCCAGAACCGGAGACUCAUCUAAUUUCUAUAAUUAAGUGUAUUCAUUUACCUAACGAGCCAGGGAGCACAACAGGUCUGUGAGUCAUUGAGUGAGCAGGGGUGCGCCCCGGGCAGGGGCAGCUGAGGGGAAGUGUAGGGACUGAAGCCAUCCUGCGCCCACCAGCUCCCUUACUGGCAGCCUGCCGCGCCCAGGGUGGGCCGAGCCGCAGGGGGCCCCUCCCCAGCGCACCAGCCAGGCGCUCCAGGACCUCCUCAGCCCAGGAACUCGGAACACCUCAGGCAAGACAUCGCCUGUUUCACCUGAUGGGAAUUAGACCUGACAGCAGAGCCGUGUGCCUGGCAAUUUUUAGAGUCAGAUUAUGCAACUUUGUCGAGGGAAUGACUAAGUAAGGUCCAUGUCUGCUCCUUCCAGAGUGGGCAGAGAUAGGUACCGCCAGACAGCAUUUUUGGGACUUGGCAGGAGGCUGGGGACUCUGGAGGCCACCCCAAAAGGUGAGCUGGGCAGAAAGGUCAGACCGUUUCAUGGCGCUGGAGGGGUGAUGAAGAGCCUGCUCCAGGAACAUCCCCAUUUCAAUGCCUUCUUCAGCCUUGGGCAGACACAGGGAUGUCCCUUCCAGGAAAGUCUGUUCAGGGUGGGUCCUGGGCUCCCCCAGCCCUGCUGUGGUCUGUGGGGCCUGCCUCCUGCUUGCUCUCAGAAUGACGAGAAGAAGAGCUGAGGAAGAUACAGGGGCGUCCAUGCCACUGCCCCUCAGAAGGGGACACGGACAGGGAAGCCCUGUGGAGCAGGACGGGGAGCAGGGCACCUUCGACCCUUUCAGCCCAGUCUGAGAGCCCAGCUUCUCUUCCGGGAGGAUGGGUUCGGUCCUGCCCCUGCCGGGCUCCCUGGUGCAGGGGUCCCGGCUCUGACAUGGACACGAUGAGCUGGGUGUCCGGUGUAACAUGGGCACCACAGCUAUUUUCUCCUCUCACUCGCCUUUCUGGUUCAGGGAACUGAGGCGGCUAUUUCUGUGGCAGCCCUCAAGUUGUCAGGAGCCCAAGUUUCCACGGCACCCACCGCCUCCUUCCCUCUCUUCCCUCCCACAGGGACGGGUAUGCUCAUGGCACCCCCAUGGUGGGCACAGAUGUCUCUGGGCGACAUGAUGCAGGAGUGCCAGGCUGGAGCCCCUAGUGCCUUGGGAGGUGGGCUCCCACACACCCCUCCUGUCUCUCUGGCUUCUGUAGGGUUGACACAGGAUUGAGCGUGAGCUGACGGGAGAGCUGAGUAGGCCGCCUGCCCCAGCUCCUCUCAGGGCCCUCGGAAAGGGCAAAGUGAGCCCUGGAGUUUACAGAGCCCCACUGUACACCAGGCCCUGCCUGGGGAGGCGGCUGCCUGCAUGGGCCUCAGGCUUGCCCAGGCCUCGGGCCUCCCUCCUCAGGAGAGGGCACUCCCUCCCACCCACAAUCUGAGAGUGCAGUUUGCUUUACCUUGGAUCUGGACUUGGACCUCUGCCCAUUACUUUGGCUUCUAACAGCCUUUCCCCUGCAGCUGGGGCCCAGCCCCUCCCCGCAGAGCAGGGAAGCAGCCCGGUUAGGAGUUGUUGCCCCUCCAGUUUGUACCAGGGCUGCUGACAACCCUAGAGGCCACUUCUCAGCCCCCAGGGCUUCUGAGAGGGGUGGCUGUGAGCUGGAGCCAGAGGGGAAAGUGCCUGUUCAGCCCAGAGCCCAGACUGCAUGGGAGUCAGAGGGGAGGCUGCAUAACAGCUCCGGCUGCCCUUUCACAGAGCCUCCUGGAAGGCGAGGGCCUCCUCUGCCCUGGCCAGAGAACAUCGCCUUCUCUGGCAUGAUGCCUGCCCCCGCAGCAGCCUCCUGCCUGCCCUACCUGCGCCCCAGUUGAGAAGGUAGGGGAAGGGAAGGCCCAGGCCACUGCCGUCCCAGGCUGAGGAGGAGAUGCCGAGAAGGGCUCACUGAGGGGUUGGGUUUCCUGCUGUCUCUCCUGAGAUGGGCACAGUCAUCCUCCCUGACCUUCCCCUUCAGCAUUCACCCUCCAGCUGCUGGGACUCUGUUCCUGCCAGAUUGAGGAAGGGGACUGGGCAAGACACGGCAGCACACUCAGGAGCCUUCCUCACCAGCCCCCUGGGACAAUGGACUAGCCCCAGGUGGUGAUGGCAGAUGGAGCUAUGUCAGGGGGGAGCACAGGCUGGGCAGGCAGCAGCCCAGGCGAUGGCCUGUGGGCUGUCAGCCCCCACCCUGCCAGGAACCUCUCCCACUGCCUCCAUGCCAGGCUGCAGAGCUGUGGUCCCUCUUCCCACUGCACUGCAGCUUUGAGGACCUGAGGUCUCCUGGUUCCUGGAGCUCAUUACCUAACAGGCACAGAGAUAAGCUGUAACAUCACCUAUGGGUCACCGUGGCCCAGUGCUGGGUUGGCAGAGGGGUGAUGAAGGGCUCACCCCCUUUCCUCCCUAUCCCCACUCUUCCUGGACUCUUAGCUCUGGGCCCCAUGCCUUCCAGCUCCGCUCCUGGCCUACUCCUCAACCCACCGCCUAUAGGUCAGCAGCUGCCUUCCUUCUAACAUCUCAUUCUUUGUUUCUCCCUUUCUUUUGCUGAACUCCUUACCCCCCCCCCCCCAAGAAGGCAAUGUUGAGCUGAAAGUGUGCGUCCCAGUGUCUCACACCCUGUGCUCUUUAAACACAGAGACCUGCCAAGAUGCCCUCUCGUCCAACU